AUGGCUAGAAGCCAGGUGAAAUUUAAUGAGUGUUUCAUUCAUGUUUCUUCUUCCGUCUCUUAUAUUUUUUCUUUUGUUUCUUUUAUCGAAAUCACGGUUAUCUCUACUCAUUUAGAUAUUGAGGAUUUUGUGCUUCUUAAAAGUUUUAAGGUGAAUAUUCGAUCUCCUAAAGCUUCCAAUAUUAUUGAGGUUAUUUGGCAGCCACUUCCUAGAAAUUGCAUAAAAUUGAAUUGUGGUGGAGCUUCUAUUUAUACGUCGGGAUUUUCAGCUUGCGGUGACAUUGCUAGAGACAAUGACAAUGGUUUUUGGGGAGCGUUUGCUUCUUUUUUGGGAGUGAUGAAUUCUCUCAUUGCUGAACUCCGGGGUGCUAUGCAUUAA